AUGUCGUCAAAUCCAGCAGGCGGCGCUGCGGUGCAGCCCAAGAAGGGCGUGUUCCGUCAACUUCGGGAGAACCCAUACAUCUUUGGUCUUUCAGCUUUUGCAUCUCUCGGUGGCUUCCUCUUCGGCUAUGACCAAGGCGUGGUCUCAGGUGUCCUCGGGAUGGAGAACUUUGGUGCACUCUUCCCGAGGAUCUACCUCGACAGCAGUUUCAAGGGCUGGUUUGUGUCCACGCUCCUUUUGACAGCCUGGUUGGGUUCGUUGUUGAAUGGACCGAUUGCGGACCGAUUCGGCAGAAAGGGAUCGAUGAUGGCCGCUGUUGUGGUGUUUCUCCUCGGCUCUGCUCUGCAGGCUGGCGCGAGCACCAUUGGCAUGCUCUUCGGUGGACGAGCUGUCGCAGGUCUGGCAGUUGGUAUGCUUACCAUGAUCGUGCCUAUGUACAUGUCGGAGGUCUCCACGGCCGGCAUUCGAGGAACUCUUGUGGUCCUCCAGCAGUUGAGCAUUACUCUGGGCAUCCUCGUCAGCUACUGGCUCGAAUACGGCACCCAGUACAUCGGCGGCACCCGUUGCGCCCCCGACAUUCCCUACUCAGGCGGCACUGCUGAGAAACCGACCUUUAACCCCCAAAACGACGUCGGUCCCGACGGCUGCACUGGACAAAGCCAAGCUGCAUGGAGAAUCCCGUUCGCUCUGCAGAUUGUUCCUGCCCUUGUUCUCGGCAUUGGAAUGAUCUUCUACCCCGAAUCCCCGCGUUUCCACCUCAUGCGUAAGAACGAGGAUGCAGCCCUUCGCUCACUGGCUCGCCUCCGCCGCGUCCAUCCGGAUUCCGAUUCCCUACGAGAAGAGUACCUCGCUAUCAAGGCGGAGGUCAUGUUUGAUGAGUCUCACACGCGGGAAAACUACCCCGGAAAGAGUGGUGUCAGCCUCUUCUUCGCUGAAUACUACGGCUUGCUGUCCAACUGGCCUACGUUCAAGCGGGUGUUCAUUGGAAGCGCCAUCAUGUUUCUGCAGCAGUUCCAGGGUUGCAAUGCGUUGAUCUACUAUGCGCCGACCAUUUUUGGACAGCUGGGACUUUCGGGUAACACGACAUCGCUUUUGGCUACCGGAGUGUACGGAAUUGUCAACACUCUGAGCACUUUGCCCGCCCUCUUCCUCAUCGAUCGCGUCGGAAGACGACCCCUUCUCAUGUGCGGCGCUACCGGAACCUUCAUCUCUCUCAUCAUUGUCGGAUCUAUCGUCGGGAAGUAUGGCUCUGCCCUUAGCCAACAUGCCGCGGCAGGCUGGGUCGGAAUCGCAUUCAUAUACAUCUACGACAUCAACUUCUCCUACUCCUUCGCCCCCAUCGGCUGGGUUUACCCCUCGGAAAUCUUCAACCUGGGUAGCAGAUCCAAGGCCAUGGCCAUCACCACUAGCUCGACCUGGAUGUGCAACUUUAUCAUUGGACUGGUCACCCCGGAUAUGCUUGAGACUCUCAAAUGGGGCACAUACAUCUUCUUUGCGGCCUUCUGCUUGAUUGGAUUGGUCUUUACAUAUUUCUGCGUACCGGAAACCAAGGGUCGCAGCUUGGAGGACAUGGAUCGCGUGUUCGGUGAUGAGACUGCUUUGAAGGAGAAGGAGAGGCUGUUUGCUAUUGCGGCCUCUCUGGGUCUUACGGCGCCGAUUCCUGCGGAGAAGACGGAGGCCAUUACCGCCGAGGCUGAAGAAUAUGUCUGA